AUGAGCGCCGAGACCAACUUUCUUGCCGAACAGAUUGUAAAGUCACCAGAUGCUUCCAUAUUUCAGCCCUCACUCGAAUCAUCUGGCCAGGUUGGUGUAUUCAAUGCCAAGGUUUCUGGCCAGCAUGAGGAGUCUCGUUUUGACUCCCUUUCCAAAUGCGGGUACCCCUCCGGUGAUUAUCUCUCCAGACCUAAGACCGGGUCUAUUAUUAGAUCUCCAAAAGAGGCUGGAUAUGAUGUAGGUGCUGAUUCAAUCAACAUUUCCUCUUUCACGACAUCUGAUGCUCCCUCUAUGGAGGAGCCAAACGAGGCCUCUCACUUUGACGAUGCAUCUUCCGAUUUGUCUGGAGAUCUUGCCGAAGGCGAUUUCCCCGACUUUUCUGUGCCUAAAAGGCCUUGUUCUUCGCUCGAUUCUUCCCCAGCAGAUUCUGAAAGCAAAAUUUCAUUGGACGAAGGGUCCCCAUCUUUGAGUAUCUCCAGAUCUACUCACGGUUCGCCGUCAAGAUCGAGACGCCGCUCAAGGACAGUUAUGACGCCCUCACAGACAAGAAUCCUCCUUGCAGUGUUGGAUGAAACCUAUUUUCCCACCAACGAACAGAGAGAACAGCUUUCUAAAAUCUUGCAAAUUCCACAACGCACAAUUCAAGUUUGGUUUCAAAAUCAGCGGCAAAAGGCGAAACAAUUUGGAAAAGUCACCGGCUCCCCAUCAACUUCGGCCUCACACUCGCCGUCUUCACCAUCUCCCAGCCUCAUAAGGCCAAGUGGGUUUCACUCUGGCGUUCCCAUCACCCCUUAUCACCAUUCGACAGCCUCUCACGUGAAUGCAUUUUCUAACGGUCAACGCCCUAUUCUUCUGUAUGGCCGCUCACCCAUAGCCCCUACGGAACAACUUUUUUAUUCAAAUGAAUAUUCAGUAAAAUUUCCUAUCAGUUCAGAGGCUCCUAUUCGCAAGAGGACGCUUCCGGUCCAAUCAUCUAGCGGAUCUUGGGACACAUUGAGUUGGAAGUACAAUGCGCCAAAUUCAAACAAUAGUAUUGACCACCAAACUCGGCGUUCGCCCUUUGACUCAUAUAAAGGUUACCGCUCGGCGUCGUUGCCCAUCUCUUCGGGCUAUCCAAACAACCAAUCUGUUUAUUACAGCUCGGAGAGAAAACCUAAUCCAAAUAGCGUCAAGACGGAGCCUGACGUAUCGCCCAAUAUUUCCUUAUCCAACCUUUUACAAUCGACUUCGCUCAUGAAAAAAGAUGGACAAGAGUGUCGUGAACAUUCUCGAUCGGAUUCCCAGACCCGCCCCCCUGAAGAAUUUCAAACAAAGGUCCUUGAGAAAUUCAAAGAAGAAGAGGACCAAUUGGAGCUGCCCUCUUUGUUGUUGGCCUUGAGAGGUUAG